AUGACUUUGACUCAGUCUCCGUCCGUAUCGGCGACUCCGGGUAGAACCAUGAAAAUCACUUGUACCAUGUCAGGGGGCAGCAUCGGCGGCUACUACACGAGCUGGUACAUGCAGAAACCCGGCGGCGCCCCAGUUUUUGUGUGGUAUGGAAGCUCCACGAGAGGAUCGGGAAUUCCAGAUCGAUUCACCGGUUCCACAGUCUCAUCGCACAACCAAAUGCAUUUAACCAUCACCAACGUGCAAUGGCAGGACGCCGCCGAUUAUUACUGUGGUGUCGCGGAUGAUAGCACGUUCAUAUUCACCUUCAGCUCCUCUUUUCCGCGAAAACCCGCCGUAUCCGUCCUCCGACCGUCUGCGGAAGAAAUUCGGGGACAGGGCACCGCCACCCUGGUGUGUUUAGUGAGCGGGUUUAAUCCGGCCGUUGUGAAUACCGAGUGGACUGUGGACGGCAGUACGAGAAGGAAUGGCGUUGAGACCAGCCGGAUUCAGCAGGACGCGGACAACACGUUCAGUGCGAGCAGUUACCUGACUCUGCCAGCCUCAGACUGGAACUCACACGAGCUUUACUCCUGCGUGGUUAAACACGAGUCUCAGGCAACCCCAUUUCAAACAAACAUCGCGUGA